AGGACUGGCUCUUCAUCCGCUACCCGCCGCCAUACUGUGCCGCCCCCGCCCGCCCCGAGGGGGCUGAGGCUGAGGGCUGAGCCCCUCCUUGGCCCCAGGGCUGUGGCGAUGGACGGUGACCCACACGGUGUCCCUUGUCCCCCUGCGGGGGGUCCACAGCUGGAGGCACUGCUGGUGCGGAUCCGCAGCCUGCACCGAGCACGUCAGGUCCUGGCGCGGCAGAUGGCGGAGGUGCAAGGACAGAGCGAGGGGUUGCAACGGCACCUGGAACAACUGGAAGAGCGUCAGGCGGCGCUGGAAGGGCUCUGGCAGCAGAAGCAAGAGGCGUUGCGGGUGGCGCGGUUGCGCAGGGAAGAGGUGGAGGCCGAAGGUCAAAGGCACCAGGGCCUGUGCCUGAGCCGCCAGCAGGACCUGGAGGGGGCAGGGGAGCAGCGGGAACACCUGCGUCACCUGCGCCGGGGACAAAGGCAGAAGUUCUGGCAGCAGCUCGAUGACAUCAUGGAGGAGCACAAACACCUGUGUGAAGCGCAUGCCCCGGCCCAGUUAGAGGCUGAACUGGUGCAACUGGAGGAGGCGCGGGAGAAGCUGCUGAGCCAGGAGCGCCACCUGCUGGAGGCAGAGGAGCAGCUGGGACCCGAAGCCCAUGUGGCCAUGCGAUUGGUGGAGCAGGAGGAGGAGGGGGCACGGCAGCGUUUGGAGGCGGAGCUUGGACAGCGGCAGGUCCACCUGCGCCACAGAGACAGGCUGGCGGAAGAGCUGGAGCAGCUGCAGCGCCCCCUGGAGGCUCCACCCGAGUGAGGGGAGACAUGGCAGCGCGGGGGGGGACGGGGACGGACAUGACACCU